AUGAGAGAACUUCAGGCUGGUGGGCGCAGCUGUGAGUGCGGCGGCGUCAGGCCGUGCCCUGCCUGCCCCUCACUGGUGCUGCAUCCAAGUUUCAAUGACAAAGUGUUCAGGUUUGGAGUUGAGAAUAUUUGGGGCUUCAGUGAAACAAGGCAGCAAAUCCAAAGUGUGGCUGGGAGCCGCCGUCUGCCGUCGCCGCCCUUGGGAAAUGCGGUGGACCCGGGGCUGGUGCAGAGAGCAGCCCGAGCUGUGGUGGGCGGGUGGGUCGCCUCCACGUGGCCUGUCGCCGACUACCUUCCCGCAGCCGAAGUGUGUCGAUUGCGGCCGUGCGGCCAUCAGAGAAGACGGCGGCAGGCCUUGCAGGCGAGCCAGCCGAGUACAGGGGGCAGCCCGGCCGACGCUCGGCCCUCCCUGCAGCUCGCGUGCGCCACGCAGCAGCCGCCUGCGUCUGCAGACACGGCUGUCGCACGGCUCAGCCUAACAUUGGACCUGGUCUCUGCUCGAAGGAGCCUCUCUCAACAGGAGAGAGGGAGGAGGCUGAUAGAGGCGGCCAAGCAGGGCGCGGUGGAGCAGCUGCGCGAGUUACUGGCGGCGGGGGCGGACGUGGGGGCGAGGGAGGAGGGGUGGUUGGGGAACAGCUGUACCGCCCUGCACCUGGCAGCACGCGGGGGUCACGUGGCGGCGGCCAGCUGCCUCGUCGGCGCCGGCGCGGAGGUCGACGCCAGGGACAGCCGGUAUCAGAGCACGCCCCUGCACUUGGCUGCAUUCAGUGGCCACGCUGGUGUGGUGCGGCUGCUGGUCGGCGCCUCUGCUGACCCCAACGCCAGGGAUCGGUGGGGGCGGACGCCGCUGCACUGGGCGGCAGAGACGGGCCGGGCAGAAGCGGCGGCUGAGCUCCUCCUGGCGGGGGCGGACAGGGGGGCCCGGGAUGAGGAUGGCAGGACCCCCCUGGACCUCGCCAGGCAGGAGGGAAAGCAGGAGCUGGUGGAUAUGCUGACACAACGCUGA